AUGCUGCAGCGCGCAUGGAACUCUGAUCCUCAAAGGCUACCCUUCGCUCCGUACAUUAAAACUCAUGCCUUAGUGACUCUAAUUCAGAAAGGACUUCAGUAUUAUGAUAUCGAAAAAUCUCUAGACCAGAAUGGGAACCCCAUUUCCGUUUCUGAUGUUUCAUUUUUUGGUCCCAGCACCGCCCAUCCCAGUAUUAUAGUCGGUAUUGGAGACUCAGUCAAAGCCAAAGAUGCAGAAAUAGCGAGAAAACCAGAGCCUGCGUCCGAGGCCUUUGUUCACGCUGCUCCCAAACCUGAUGGCGAAAUUAAUGGGCAGUCCCCCAAAGCAAAUAUUCAGCCAAUCGCCAAGAAAGGCGCCGAAGCUAGCGAGCCUGAGGGAUUACCCAUCAAGGUGGAUGACGCGGCCAUGGAGCUUGACAAGCACCAACAAGCCGGUGAACCGUCGCCAGCUCCUCUUCCAUCUUUGGCGCCUACCGAGGGCGUGGUUGACGCGGAUGGAGAUGUUGGAAUGAUUGAGAUGCAGGAGCAGGAACCUCAAACGCCCGUAUUUACAUUAACAACGGGACAGAGCGUGGGUGUGCAGAUAUCGCCGGUCAAAGCUGCAGAUCUAGGUCCGGACACUACCUUGGUCGAUGUUUCGGGAGAAAGUCACAUGAUGCGCGCUGCUUGGCGGCCUCACGAUCCGCUUGUGUUCGCAGCAGCUGGUGAUACGUUUUGCGGUCUAUGGAAGCUAUCAGGACAAAGAUCCCCGACAUUUCCUACUCAUACCACGUUGAUAGCUGGCUCAUGCGUGACAGCCAUAGAUUGGGAUUCCACCGGGAAUAUGCUCGCUGUCGCCACAUAUGAUAAUUUCAUUGGAUCUAUUACAAUAUACGAUAACCAUGGAAACGCCUUAGAUGUGCUCCCGGAAUCCCCAAGAUUAAUUUCGGGGCUACGUUGGUCUGGGAAGGGCUCUCAAAUCGCCAUUGUAGCAUCUGACGGUCAGAGAUCAGAACUUUUCUUGUGGAAUCAGGAAUCGCGACCGGAUUCUUUUGUCAGGCCACAAGCGAUCGAUGGGCCGGUAUACGAUGUUGCGUGGUGUACAAAUGAUCAUAUAUAUGCCUGCGGAGAUGGAUCUGUCUACCAAUGUGAUAUAGACGGGAACAUCCAGCUGUCGAAAACGUUUGAUUCCGGGGAAGAGCCAGAGUCGUGGACAUUACUCAAGGCAGUCUCUAUUGCUGAAAAGCCCGUCGCUGUAGCUGCAUCGACUUCGACAUCGCAUAUCUGGAUUCCUACCCAUGACAUACACGUGAAAUUCGCACACCAUGGAGACAUCACAGGACUUGAAAUUCGUCCUCGACCCAAUCCUUCCGAGUCUCUGAAGAACUCGCCUUUAAUAUUGGCCACCUCUUCUAUGGAUGACACUGUCAAACUCUGGAAUGUGGAUCUCGACUCAAAAGAAAUAUACUGCCAGUAUCGACUUUUCUUAGGAGCUGUAACGCCUGCUUUGGCGGUCAGUUUCUCCCCAGAUGGCUACGCUAUUGCGGCUGCUAGUUACAACAAUCUCACCAUCUGGAAUGCUGACCGUGGUGGUACACCUAUGGCGGCAUGGGACGGAUACUUGGAUAAGUCGAAUGACGAGGCCAAUCACGACAAGUCGAUAGAACUCGACCCUUCCAGCGUCUCUAUGAUGGAUCGACCGUUGUCGUGGGAUACUGAUGGUAAAAAGCUUGCUUUGGGUUUUGGCGAAAAGGUUGCAAUUAUAAAUCUUCAGCGAUGAUGAUUAUUUCUUCGGAUAUCGAUCAACUGUAAUGUGUGCCCAUCGUCUUAGCUCUGAAGGCCCUUUCUAUUUUCCUUGCCUUUCAGCUGAAGACCAUUGUAUCAUACCUCGCUUCUCGCGGAUUAGGUGUACAUGAGGGGUUCUCUGGUGGAUUUCUGUAUUUUCUUUUGGUGCGUUGCUUACGCCUUGAAUUAUGCUUAUGGUCAACGGAGUCGAGCUGGAGCAGACCCAGGAUGGUUACCCAAACAUGGCGAAUAGGGCGUUGUGGAUGUUUCAUGUCUGAUGGGUGCGUGAGUUCCGCCCAGCUCCGUCUAGGCCCCCAGGAUACCUAAAUUUGGAUAGACAGUCAGAGAUAAUUCUCAUGCC